CAACAGGACACGGAAAUCUGAGAAGGAACGCUGUCGUGUUACAUCUUUAAAUUCGUUGUACUUUUUGGGCUAAAGAACGGAUCCUGAUUAAACAUGGCAGACAAAAAAGCGAAGGAAAAAGAUCCCAUUGACAUCGUCCACCAGAAUGCCAUCCACGUCGAGACGAUAUUGAAAGAACACAGAUGCCAGAAGCUGUAUAAAAAUUUCAGCAUCAACCCAUACAAGAAACUUCACGUUUUGACUGAUAAGCCCAUGGCGAAGAACACUCAGGAGGAGGUAGAAGAGGACCCUGCAUUCAUAAAGAUAAUCCAUGGAGCGCGUCUACAACCGACUAAGAAGUACACUCAUCCACUGACGGAAAGUCAAGAGAUUGGCUGGAUAUCUUCUCCUCUGAUAGCGUCUGACCGAAGUGACCGGAGGCUCAACUUCCACCGGCAGAACUCCGAAAUCACCAAAUAUAUGGAUGCUGCGUGGCGCCUCAAGGAACAGACUCAGAACCUGGGUUAAAAGUCACACUGCCGAUACGCCAAUGAACAGCUAGGCUAUAAAUCAAAGACUCUUGACAGAAACCCAAGUAUUCAUGUUAUUUCUAUUUGAUUACCUUUAUCUUACGUUAAAUGUCACAUAAUGACAGAUAGUGCACAACUUUUUCCUUUCUAGGCAAAAUAAAAUCACGAGGUGGAAACUGCCUUGCUGAAAGAUA